CUACUUUCUCUAGAAUGGGAAGAGAGAGACUCCUUUCUUCUCGUACUUGUAAUUCCGGAUGGUGAAUGGUAAUUUUGUAUUGUGACGACAGACUACAUUAGAAAUACGCAACUUCUGUCUGUAAGAUUAUCAGAAGUGACGGAAGUUGCCGAUUUACGGGAUCGAUUUCACUUAUUCUUGUACAGUUUGCAGCAUUUUAUCCGAAAAACAAAUAAUUCUACGGCAUAUUUUCUCUGGUGUGUGACUUCACUUAUCGCUAAUUCGAUUAGGUUUUUCGUUUUAUCUAUCUUUUCCUGUCUGGGAACGACCACUUACUUAUUAUUACUAAGUAUUAACUGAGCUUGGAGAAAGAGAUAAGUAAAAAAUAAUGGUCAAAUUCCAAAGGACAUUAUACUAAAUUAUCUAUCGAGAUAAAUUAUUGCAAGUGGUGCCAAAACUAUAUGAUGGAAGCCAAAUCCUAGCUGUAUAGGAACAAUUAUGAAAACUAGAAGCUACCCGUAUCUGUCUGUUUUGUUUGUUGUUUGUUACGUUACGGCGGAGAAUUUCACUUUAAAUGGAAGAGUGGUACCUGAUCCGGAGAUCUAUAAGUAUCAUUAUAAACCUAAUAAGGACGAAAUAAUCAUCAGAGAAUACGUGUUGAUGGAGACUCGUUCGCGGAGUGCGCUUCUCUGUCCCAAAGAUUAUAGUAUCAAAGAUUUAAGUAUGAUGCUAAUUGUUGGAAACAAUUCCAAUUCUACAUUAAAAAAUAAAGAAUGGGCAGAGCAUCCUCAAAUUCUUACAGACAGAGAUGAAAAAAAAGAGGUAGCGUGUCCGACUUUGAGCAGAUGCAUUUCGUUUCAAGCCUGUUUGUUUGCAUUUGGAAUUGAAUUUUGCAACAGAGAUCCCGCACCGGGUAUCAGGAAAAUAUUAAAUGUUAAUAUCACCUGUCAGAAAUCGUGGAAUGAAAAUGAAGUUAUAUUUUUGCACUACGUAAAACCAAACGAACGUCGGAUCGAUCUUUCCGAUAUCGAAAUAGAAGAAACGAUACAAGACGCUACGUCGGUAUUUAACAUAGAAUGCCCUUCGCUUAAGAAAGCCAUAAGAAUGAACUAUGGUGGCUACUGUAAUAAAGAACCUCCUCCACCCACUCUUAUUAGUGAAUAUUUAUGGAAAGUAUUAGGAAGAGUAUGGAACAAGGACUGUCGAGAAAAAAUCAAACAAGUUUAUUGCGCUUACCAAUAUAACAGACAAGGUUCGUGCGUACCGCCAUUUUAUCUGCAAAAUAUGAAAUUUGGGAAAGUUAUGUUCAAUAAUUUGUCACUUCCAAUUCAUCAGAUUCUUCAUGAUUCUUCAAAACUGAAAGAAUUAUCGACAAAUGAAAAUCGCGAUUUGAUACCCGCUCGGCUUGCUUUCUUAAUACUCGUUCACGAGGAUGUCGACGCUGUGAUGCAACUUCUUAUACUGAUUUACAGGCCGUACUUCUUUUAUGUCGUUCACGUCGAUAGCAAUUCCGAACAUACAAGAGAAAGACUUGGUGAAGAAAUUAAAAAAGCUUUCUCUGAUUCAUUUAACAUUUACGUCCUCCCCAAAGAGAGAUCUUUUAGAACGUCUUGGGCUUCGUACGAAAUUGUCAGGGCACAAUUAGAGUGUUUUGAGGAAUUAUUAAGAAGAGGUCUCUGGGAUUUUGCAAUCAAUCUCAGCGGUGCAGAUUUGCCUCUACGUGACGUAGAUGAUCUCGCAGCUGCACUUGCAGAUUACAGAGGCUACAAUUUUUUUUCUCAUGCCAUUCCAAGAAAUGCCAAACCUAAUCAUCCCUAUUAUAAAGAGGCAUUAUUUGCUUGCGACGGAUACGUAUACAGUGUUACUUCGACGGACGGACAACCGAAAUUUGACGAAUUUCAGAUUUAUUCUUCUUCACAGUGGGGCGUCUUUCAUAGAGAUUUUGUAGAAUAUGUUGUGAAUGAGAAAGUUAGAACAAUGGUAUUCAAUAAAUAUCAGUUUUUGCUUCAAACUACUAUUGUUCCCGACGAAUCUUAUUUAAUUACAGCAUUAAUGAAUUCUCCUAUGAGCUAUACCCUUAGAAAAGUCCAAGUGCAUUACUAUAAAACGUAUUCGAAAGUAGAUCGGAAAAACUUGUGUCGUCACGACAAUCAAGACUCCGAUUUCUGCGGUCAGGGACCGGCUCAUUUUGAAAUGAAUGAUAUGGAAGAACUUAUUUAUUCCAUUUCUCAUAGAGUAUUUUUUGCAAGAAAAUUUCAGUCAAUACAACAUCCUACAAGAAAUGCUAUCAUGUCUUUAAUUCAGGGAGGUUAUUACUCUUCCAUAGUCAGAUUUCUUCCAUCUUCAAUUAUCAAGAAAUUAGCUUCUUACGCAAUGACGCAGUUACAAGAAGAAAAUUAUGCCUAUAAAAAUUAUAAAUUUGUCGACAUUGCCAACUUUCAAAUAUUUCCUAGAUUAUAUCCGGAUAAUCCGUGCUGUUACAUACCAUUUCAGAAUGGAAUAAAAAAAUUUUUAGAUUAUAGUUACUGGAUUGAUUUUGAAAUAGAUUCGACGAGAGAUCAAAUGAAAAGAGUACGUGCAUUGGUUAGACCAAAGUUUAAUGGAUUUCAAUGUUUUGGCGAAGGACAUCUUCGGAUGGCAUUUGCAACAACGUGGACACGAACUGUUUCAAAUGGCGAAAAGUGGGGUUUAGACUACAGUUUACCACUACCAUAUUUUCCAGUUGAAACUAAAUAUAUUUGGUUAAUUCUUGUUUUCCACGGCAAUGCCGCAAAUACUCAAUGUGAAGCAAAAAGAAACAGCCAACCUAUAAUUUUCACAGAUCUCGAUCUCAAACAAGUAAAAGCACAACCAUUAAAUAUUAUGACUCGUAUCACUUAUGAAAAUGGUCCUUCUCUAUGUGAACAAUCCCAUAUAAUCGAAUGGAAUAAUGAAACAUUAUUAAAAGAUGAUGAUGAUAUUCCUUCCGAUCUCUUCGUUCAUUCACUGAAACUAGAAUGCGAGCAAUUACAUCCAGGAAAAUGGGAUGUUGAAAUAUUCGCAGAAAACGAACUAGACCCAUUUAUUUAUAAGAUUCCAUUGUAUUUAGUUGAUCUGAAAGAAAUGAUUGAAAAUAAUUGUGAACCAUCUUGUCCUUGGGAAAAUGAAAAAGAUUUAUGGGAGAUUUAUUCAGUUUCUACUUUGCCAUUUCCUGAUUUUUAUAAAGAAUCGUCUUGGAAGGAUAUAAUUCCAAUUAAAACUUCGAGUUGUCGCAAUUCAUAUAACAAAAAAGAAUUGUGCAUUAAAGAAUGGUUGACAUGUAAUGGAGGCACAAUUGUUGUUCUGAUGUGUUCAUUAUUCUUUUAUAAAUGGAUUUUAAAACCAAUUAUAAGUAGAACACUGCGAAAUCCACUGAGACAAACUACUUAUAAUGUUCUUAUAUUAAUAUUCAUAUUUGUAAUACAAGAAUUAUUAUUUUUUCACUGUUGUAAUUUAUAAGAAGUUAAAAUUUGUAAUAAAUUAAUCUAAUUUUGCAUUGACUUUCUAAAUUUUAAGUUCCUUAUUAGAGUAGAAGAGAAUCACUUUUUGAGAAAAACAGCCAACUGACCAUCUGAAGCAUUUUCU